AUGCGGCCAAGCAAAAAGGAGAAUAAUACUCCGCCAUCUUCAGAAAUUUCACAGAUUCUCAUGGAUAGCGAAGGGCUUCUUAAAACAAAUAUUUCUAUUUCAAAAGAAGCCCCCAUACAAGAAGUUCAAACAUCCCCAGACAAUGGGCUUGAUGGAUCUUUUCAGGUGGAAGACAAAAGCUAUAGAUUCUCUGUUGACCCCGAUGAAUCCUUCUAUAACGACAUAAAGCAAGGGCCAUUUCCAGCUACUAAACCAAUUAAUAAAGAUCUGGCAGAUAAGAUUCUUUUCAAAGAAAUUAAGUUCCCUUCUCCCCCAAAAAGAGGUGGAAAAUAUAAAACAGACUCGGGGCGGCCUGAGCUAUUAGAUCCGGAUGACAGUCUAGACAUAGGCACUGGCACGUUUCAGAGAAAAAGGCCUUUUUCAGAAACGGGAAAUGGAGAGAAAUCUAAUGAGAUGGGGAGCCUGUUCAAUGAAGAGAACAUUCCUACUGCAAACACAUCAUUCACAAAAUUAACGGGCUUUAAAACAGCUCAUGGUAGUAGUUUGUACAUUUCUGAUGAGUGCAUGGAUAGGUCUAGGCGCAGCUUUGGCUUUAUGGAGAGCUAUACCCAGACUGCAGCCCCCUCUGCAGCUAAGUUAAAGCCUAAAGUUAUUUCUCCCCGGGAGAACUAUAUUAUAGAUGCACUAGAGAUAUACAAAAAAGUAAAAAAAGAGAUAUUUCCUCUGACCAGAUCUGAGGAGGAGGAGUACAGUCUUUUUUCUCUUUUUCAAUGGACCUGGAUCUCUGUACUUCCCCAAAUAAAGGAAAUUUUUAGGAGGGGCGGAGACAUGCAGUUUAAAGAAGUUGAAAGAAUAGUUAUUGAAAAAGCAAAAAUCCGAUGGAAGCAAAACCCAAAGUCUGUGCUGCAAAGAAUUGUGGAAAAGGACGAGCACCCAUCUGUGUAUAUAAAGGUCCUUGUGAUUGAAGGGGGAACAAAUACAAUUAUGAUAACAGACGGCAUAUAUUCAGUUAAGGCUCAGCUAGACCUGCCGCUGCAAAAGAUUUCUAAUCAAAUCACAGAAGGAAAAAUUCUGCAGGUCGCAUGCUCAAAGUCCCUUCUAUCUGAUGCCACUUCAAUAUACGAUGUAAACAAAAAUAGCCAAGCAGUGAUUGAGCUGCAGUAUAAUGGAGUUAAGCCAUGCUCUUCUGGUCCUCUUGGAUACCAAAGCCACUUUGGAUUUAUUCGGUCUAUUCUGUCAAUCCACCCGAAUGGAGGAUACAUCAGCUGCCUUAUGCUGAAAAUAGCUAGAAAAAUAGACGUCAGAUAUAUUUUAGACCUAAAUGGGUCAAAGUCAAAUAUUGAAGAAGAUAGAUUGGACAGCACCCUUGAAAGAAUUGAAAAAAGCAUUGAGAAGAUAUACACUACAGCUGAGGAAAAGAACGAUGCUCUGAGCAAAGUGCGGCUAAGAAAGUACACCAGAUAUGAUGUAAUCUGUGAUUACACAAAGAAUACCACGCCUGCAAUACUUUCCAUAUGGGAGCCGGCCUACAGCGAUAAUACACUGAAGACAAACCAGCUAUACCUAUUCUUUAUGCUGUCUCCUCCUAAGAAGGCGCUGAGCAAAGGUACAAUUCUAUUAACAACUACCACAAUAAGCACAUUCCGCCCAAUAUAACUCCAUAUGCUUAAUUGCAAUAGAUAUAACAAUCCAUAAGCCCAUCUAAAUACCUGCAUGGUGCAGAACAGACUAAAUAAAAUAGCAGUCUAUUGUAAUUCUACCAAAUAAUGAAACAAUAAACA